AUGACUGAAAGUAGCGGAAAGGAAAAAAGUAAAUGGAGUACAACUGUAAUCAUGAGCUCAUCUCUUCAGAAUCAUGAAGUUGCAACCAUCUUAAAAAAUGAGAACCACAGAGUUCGUUAUUCAAAUUCAGUAGAACCUGGAUCCAUUAUUUUUUCGCUUUCUGGGGUAGCAUUUUUACUAAUAGAUGCCCAGGAUUGUUUUAGGACAACUGAAGAAACACUUUUGGCCAGGAUUGAGAAAUUCACAAGGAUCCACCGGAACAGUUUUUUGGCCCUCUCCUCCGCCCUCCAUGGCCCCGGAGAAUGGAAGUUGAUGUCUAGGAUUCAGCAGAGAUUCCUGGGUGAUAAUUUACGCAUCGUUCCAGUUCAUAACCCGUGCAACGCUGUUAAACUUAUGACUACCAUAGCCAAGAGCACUUGCAAACCAUAUAGCGACAACAUUCAUUAUAGAAUGAUUUUGGCUAAAGCCCAGAUCAUAGAGCAAAGUCCUGUUUGGAGGACACUUCAGAAGCUACAACUGGAUUGUGAUUCCCUUAACAUGAAUUAG